UGUUCUGAAUUUCAUCAGAAUCAUUAGAGCAGUUUUCGAGAUCUGGUGAAAUACAAAUAUCUUAACAUCCAAACAUAUAAACAGAAGUUGCUUGUUUGAUAGUAUAUGAUAAUAUUUAAAGAAGGCAGAGAAUCAUCAACAAUGUUCCCAUAUCAUCAUUCUCUGUCAUUAUAACAUGGACCUCAUCACUAUGGAUACUCCACUUCACUUAAUGGAGGAGAGUACAGCUACAGAUGCCACAGUGGAUCCAGACCAGUCCAGAUUCAGCCAAACAACAUGGAUGGUCAAGGUCAAGACAACUCAGGGUCAAUGACACAUUCUCAACAUCAAGGACCAGACAUGGACAUCUGUGAUUGGCCAAUCUAUGGACCAGAUGAAGCUGAAGACAUCAUUGAAGAAAAGUACCAGAUUCAGCAUAACAUGGAUAAUCAGGUUGUAUACUUAGACCACAAUUAUUCAAAACAUCGAUUUGAAAUUAUAGUGCUAAAGCCAGAGGUUCUGAUUGAAGAAGAAGAACACCAACAACAUGAAGGAAUAGUGAAAGAAGAGGAGAUUCAGCAAGAAAAUGAUACAGGCAUACAGAUUGAAAGCAUCUAUUCUCUUUCAACAGAUAGACUGAACUGUGACCCCUUUAUACCUGAACACAUGAAAGUUGAAAAUGUAGAAGAAUCUUAUGAAACACACUCAGAAACAUUAGUGGAUAUUGAAGACAAUUAUUCUGAUACAUUAUUUACACAUUCUGAAAGUAUAAGAAUACCAACAGGACUAUGUAUAUCAAACUCUGUCAGACAAGGAGGUUUAAGCACCAUCAAUGGAUCAGUUGAUGAAACUCUCGGGAACACCUCGAUCAACGAUUCUGAUGAAGACCUCAAUGAGGUGGACUUAUUAAUUAAAAAUGCAAGAAAGAAUGUGAUUGAUGCAGCAAGUGAUAGUGAAUUAACUGAAUGUCAGUUGUGUGGUGAAGCAUUUAGCAACAUCAGAGAAUUAAAUCUUCAUUGUAGAAUAAACACAGCUGGGAAACAACAUAAGUGCAAGUACUGUAACUACAAAACAAAAAAUAAAGCAAAUCUCAUCAAACAUAUAAGGAUUCACACUGGUGAAAAACCCUAUACCUGUGAUUUUUGUGACCACAAGGCAACAAACAAAUCAAAUCUCAUCCAACAUAUAAGGAUUCACACUGGAGAGAGACCCUACAGCUGUGAUUUCUGUGACUACAAAGCUUAUCAGAAAUCUGAUCUCACCAAUCAUAUAAAGACUCACACUGGAGAGGGACCCUUCAGUUGUAAUCUCUGUGACUACAAAGCAACAGCGAAAUCAUCUCUCACCAAACAUUUAAGGAUUCACACUGGAGAGAGACCCUACAGCUGUGAUCUCUGUGACUACAAAGCAACAGUGAAAUCAUCUCUCACCAAACAUUUAAGGAUUCACACUGGAGUGAGACCCUUCAGCUGUGAUUUUUGUGACUACAAAGCAACAGAGAAAUCACCUCUCACCAAUCAUAUAAAGACUCACACUGGAGAGAGACCCUUCAGUUGUGAUCUCUGUGACUACAAAGCAACAGUGAAAUCAUCUCUCACCAGACAUUUAAGGAUUCACACUGGAGAGAGACCCUUCAACUGUGAUUUUUGUGACUACAAAGCAACAGAGAAAUCACAUCUCACCAAACAUAUAAGGAUUCACACUGGUGAAAAACCCUAUACCUGUGAUUUUUGUGACCACAAGGCAACAAACAAAUCAAAUCUCAUCCAACAUAUUAUAAGGAUUCACACUGGAGAGAGACCCUUCAGCUGUGAUUUCUGUGACUACAAAGCUUAUCAGAAAUCUCAUCUCACCAAUCAUAUAAAGACUCACACUGGAGAGAGACCCUUCAGUUGUGAUUUCUGUGACUACAAAGCAACAGCGAAAUCAUCUCUCACCAAACAUUUAAGGAUUCACACUGGAGAGAGACCCUACAGCUGUGAUCUCUGUGACUACAAAGCAACAGUGAAAUCAUCUCUCACCAAACAUUUAAGGAUUCACACUGGAGUGAGACCCUUCAGCUGUGAUUUUUGUGACUACAAAGCAACAGAGAAAUCACCUCUCACCAAUCAUAUAAAGACUCACACUGGAGAGAGACCCUUCAGUUGUGAUCUCUGUGACUACAAAGCAACAGAGAAAUCAUCUCUCACCAGACAUUUAAGGAUUCACACUGGAGAGAGACCCUUCAACUGUGAUUUUUGUGACUACAAAGCAACAGAGAAAUCACAUCUCACCAAACAUAUAAGGAUUCACACUGGUGAAAAACCCUAUACCUGUGAUUUUUGUGACUACAAAGCAAAAGUAAAAUCAUCUAUCACCCAACAUUUGAGGAUUCACACUGGAGAGAGACCCUUCAGAUGUGAUUUCUGUGACUACAAAUCAACACAUAAAUCAACUCUCAACAGACAUCUGAGGUCGCACACUAAAGAAAGACCCUAGAGCUGUGAUUUCUAUGACUACAAAACAAAUCU